AUGCGCUGCUUUUUGGCUCUGCUCACGGCUGCGCUCAGCUGCUUGGCUUUGGGCCAGCGUUUGCCCAUGAAUCAGCCGAUGUUCUUUCCCCGGGAGCAGGACAUUGUUUUUCCGGGCACCAAACAGUUCGAUACACUGUACAAAAUAAGCGAUUUUCAGCUUGUGGGCAGACCCGACAAUAGCCUGGAGCUGCCGGAGCCGCCCGCCCGCCAGCUAAAUCCGCAUGCCUAUCGGCCGGGUCAACCCUUUCCGCCGCCGCCAAAUGGUCGUCGGCACAAGAAGCGCAAAAACAGGCCGCGGCGCCUCUGCGAGCGAAAGUACUCCGAGUAUGUGGAGCGCAUAUUUCCCAACGAUACGGCCGUAACGGAAGACGCCAACGAUGAAGAUUUCGAUGGACGCGUACUCGCUCGGCCUGGUGAAUACCCUCACAUGGCAGCGCUCGGCUUCGCGACGAACUCCGAAAAAAUUGACUACAAAUGCGGCGGCAGUUUGAUAAGUGAGAACUUUGUAUUGACUGUGGCCCAUUGCACCGAGGUGGAGGGCGCCGCGCCGAAAUGGGUGCGAAUCGGCGGACUGAAUCUGUUGAUCGAUGAGGCGCGGGUUAAGCCGCAGAACUUUGGAAUUGAAAGCAUAUCCAAGCAUCCCGAUUACAAAGUGGACUCUUACUACAAUGAUAUCGCACUUUUAAAACUGGAGAGAGAUGUGAUCUUUGGCACGGGCAUGACAUAUCGCUUGACCCAUCUGACUGCGACCAUUGUGCCCAACGAGGAGUGCAACCGGGAUCUGCCCGUUUUCGCAGAGACGCCCAAUGGCAUUAUAGACAGUCAAAUAUGCGCUCAGGACUUCGUUCAAAAUCGGGACACCUGCCAAGGCGACUCGGGCGGUCCGCUCCAGCUGAAUUUGCCGGGUCGCCGACAUCAGCACAUUCAUUAUCAUCUUAUUGGCAUCACCUCCUUCGGCGUGUUUUGCCGCAGCAGCUACCCAAGUGUCUACACCCGUGUAUUUACGUACCUGGACUGGAUCGAAGAAGUCACGUGGGGUGAUCCAGAAAACUGAAUCUAAUUUAAGACGAUUUCUAAAUUAUUUUAUAAUUCACAAAUAAAAAUAGAA